AUGGUGCAGGAGGACGCAGAAUGUAGUUUCCGGAUGCCGCGAUGUAGGGAGCCAGGACCAACAUUCAGAUAUCUAACGCUGGUGCUGCGUCAGACGACGCUGCCGUCGGUGCCGACGCGCCACCAGACGUUCCAGAGGCAGCUGUCGCACCGGCUGGACCUGCCCAACAUCCAGUUCAGCGUCUGCAGCCUCGGCCCGCGCCCCGACACCGGCAUUGGUCUCAUCAAGCCUGAGCUGUACAAGAAGGAGAUGAUGGCCCGUCAGUCUUCCACGGACAGCUCCAGCACCGAGAUGGAGUAUUGCGGCAAACUCCACUUCGCCCUCAGAUACGACCAAGACAUCGAGGGGCUCAUAGUUAAGGUGCUGGAGGCUCGCGACCUGCCUGUGAAGGACAUGAUGGGCAGCAGCGACCCAUACGUCAAGGUCUACCUGCUGCCGGACCGCAAGAAGAAGUUCCAGACCAAGGUGCACCGCAAGAACCUCAACCCCAUUUUUAACGAGACCUUCAUCUUUAGUGUUCCGUACGACGACCUCCGCCACCGGUACCUGCAGUUCUCCGUCUACGACUUCGACCGGUUCUCCCGCCACGACCUGAUCGGGCAGGUGGUCCUCAAGGGCCUGCUCGACAGCGUCGACCUCCUGCAGGAGAUGGAGUACACCAUGAACAUCCUCUGCGCGCCGCAGGAUAAGGUGGACCUGGGCGAGCUGAUGCUGUCGCUGUGCUACCUGCCCACGGCGGGUCGGCUCACCGUCACCAUCAUCAAGGGACGCAACCUCAAGGCCAUGGACAUCACCGGCUCCUCAGAUCCGUACGUCAAAGUGUACCUACUGUGCGAAGGGAAACGUAUAAAGAAGAAGAAAACAACUGUCAAAAAGGCAACGCUGUGUCCAGUCUACAACGAGGCUCUGGUGUUUGAUGUGCCCGCAGAAAACAUCGAGGACGUGAGCCUCAUUGUCAACGUCAUCGAUUAUGACAGGAUUGGACCAAAUGAACUCAUGGGUUGUACAGCAAUUGGUGCAAGCUUUAUCGGUGUUGGUCGUGACCACUGGCUGGAGAUGCUUGACAACCCACGAAAGCCUGUAGCUCAGUGGUACCCACUGCUUGAUUCUGUUCCUGGCCAGAUUCCUUCUACUGGACCACACCCAUUGCCAGCAAGUUUCAGCUGUCUCAACAGCAGAUGAAGAGAAAGUCACUAAAAUAAACAUGGCACAGAGGAAAACUGGAUGGAGGUUUGCUCAAAAGAGGUACAUUUCCUGAAGAAGGUAAUUGGAUACAUGAUACUGAAAUAA